UAUCCUCAGCUCGUCACCGCCGGUGCGCAGUCUUCGCUUCCUCCUCCUUCGGCGAUUCUUCUUCAAUUUUGUUUGAUUUAUUCCUUAAUUUAGGAAGGUCACGGCGGUAACGCCGCGAUGAUGGGAUCGGAGGUCGCCUUCGGCUUCGAUUCGCCUCCGGAGACAGAAGAGAUGGAGAGCCUCGCGCUCUCGGACGCGCCGCCCACUGUAUCCUCUCUCCCCGCCGCCAUUUCAGCAUCCUCCGACGGGGAUCUAUUCAUCUCUCCCCCUUCCGCCCUGCAUUUCCCUCUUUCCUCCACCGCCUCAGGCGACGGCGGGGAUCCCGCCCCGUCCACGGCUUCUUCUUUCCUGGAUCCGCCUUCCUAUGCGGACAUCGUCUUUAGUCCCUUCGACUCGCAGAACGGCGACGACGACAAUGGCGCUGAUAAUGGGUCCAUGCUCCGCCGAGACUCCUCCCCCAGAUCCACCCGCGCCGCGAGGUCGGACUACCUCAAAAUCUCCGUUUCCGAUCCGAACAAGGAGCAGGAGACCGUGAACUCGCUCGUCCCCGGCGGUGGGACCUACUUCACAUAUCUGAUCACUUCUCAAAUGCGCUUCGGUUCUGCGGCAAACGGGGACGGAGAAUCGGAGCCUGUUGAGUUUAGUGUGCGGCGCCGGUUCCGGGACGUUGUCACACUCGCCGAUAGACUGGCGGAGGGCUACCGGGGUUUUUGUAUUCCCCCGAGGCCCGAUAAGAGUGUGGUCGAGAGCCAGGUGAUGCAGAAGAACGAGUUCGUGGAGCAGCGGCGGUCGGCUCUUGAGAAGUACCUGUGGCGGCUCGCGGAGCACCCGGUGAUCGGGAUGAGCGAUGAGCUUAGGGUGUUCCUGCAGGCGAAGGGGAAGCUGCCAUUGCCGACGACCACUGAUGUGGCUUCGAGGAUGCUGGAUGGGGCGGUGAGACUGCCGAAGCAGCUAUUUGGAGAGGGAGCAGCUGCGCAGGUUGCCCCGCAGGAGGUGGUGCAACCAGCAAAGGGAGGCAGAGACUUGCUGAGGAUAUUCAAAGAGUUGAAGCAGGCAGUGACUAUCGAAUGGGGAGGGGUGAAACCAUUGUUGGUGGAGGAAGACAAGGAGUUCUUGGCCAAAAAGGAGAAGAUGCAGGAUCUUGAACUGCAGCUUAGCACUGCGUCACAGCAGGCUGAAGCUCUUGUUAAUGCACAACAAGAUGUUGGUGAAACAAUGGGAGAAAUGGGUUUGGCAUUCAUCAAACUUGCAAAGUUUGAGACCGACCAAGGGAUAUACAACUCUCAGAGAAUACGAGCCACUGAUACCAAAAAUGUUGCAACUGCUGCCGUAAAAGCCAGCAGAUUGUAUCGUGAAUUAAAUGCUCAAACUGUGAAACAUCUGGACACAUUGCAUGAAUAUCUAGGGUUGAUGCUUGCUGUGAACAAUGCCUUCUCAGAGAGAGCCAGUGCUCUGUUGACUGUACAAACCUUAAUGUCAGAUUUGACAACAUUAAAUAUAAGGAUUGACAAACUUGAAGCUGCAUCCUCCAAGAUUUUCGGUGGUGAUAGAUCAAGAUUGCGCAAGGUAGAGGAGCUAAGAGAAACAAUAAAAGUUACCGAGGAUGCUAAAAGUUGUGCAAUAAGAGAGUAUGAGAGGAUAAAGGAAAACAAUCGGAAUGAGCUCGAUAGACUAGACCAAGAAAGGAAGGAUGAUUUCCUCAGCAUGCUGAAAGGAUUUGUAAUAAAUCAGGUUGGGUAUUCUGAAAAGGUCGCCAAUGUCUGGGCAACCGUCGCGGAAGAGACAAGUAGCUAUGCAAGAGGCAACAGUUAGAUUCUAGUUCACCAUUGUCUUCCUCAUUAUCAACUCGCAGCCGUCUUAACUAUUUAUAGUUAGUACCUUGAAUCUUAUAAUUGUGAAUGCAAACUGAAAUUUUCUCCUUUGCCUA